AUGACUUCAACUAUAUUUUCAAACUGGCUGUGUGAAUGGGAUAAGGAACUGCAAGCAAAAUCUAAGUUCAUACUUCUUCUCAUUGAUAACUGUGCUGCACAUCUAAAAAACGUUGAACUCAAAAAUAUCACUUUAGAAUUCUUACCACCAAAUACGACAUCCUUUGAUCAACCCUUAGAUAUGGGUAUUAUAAAAAACCUCAAGGUGAAGUAUAGAAUAAAGCUGGUUAAUUUUAUUCUUGAAAAGAUUGAGGAAAAACUUUUUGAUUCAUCUGCAACUGCUAAUCAAAUAAGUGGUAAAAUAAACAUAUUGCAAGCCAUACAGUUUGUAUUCGAGAGUUGGCGAGAAGUCAGCUGA